AUGGUAUACCCGACGCAGUCAAACAACGGGAUCCCGUACAACUAUGAUGGAACUUUGUCAAAUUCUGCUCUAACAAGAGUGAACGGUACUAUAACCGAUGUCUCCAAAGCUAUAGAAACUGGCAAAAGCCAUGUCAAUCAUGCAGUUGAUGAACAUUUAGUAGUGCGCAAUCUAGCACAAGAUUUCGCCCAGGUAGACAACGAACAUGAACAACUGCCGCUACCCAAUGAAGAAUCACACUUCAACAGUAAUGAUCACCCUACAUGUCAAUGCUUUGAACCAGACAAUGAGUUGGUUAUACCACCAACACCAACUCUUGUUGCCUACAUGGAUAUUGGUGACCCAAACAAUAUAUGCGAACACUGCAACGCAAUCUAUUGGUUUGAGGAGCGUGUUAAUAAGGCUGUGCGUAGCGGAACAGCUAAAUAUUCAACGUGCUGCGGUCAUGGGAAGAUCAAACUACCCAAAAUGUCUUUACCUCCAAAAAGGAUUUUCAACUUAUUUUUUCAAAGAGGCACCAAACAGAAUGAAUUUUUAAAACACAUAAGGAGGUACAAUAACAUGUUUUCUUUUACGUCGUUGGGGGCUAAGGUGGAUAAAUCCAUCAACCUUGGGAAUUGCCCACCAAUAUUUAGGAUAAAUGGGCAAAAUUACCAUUUAAUGGGAGGACUACUGCCAGAUCUUGGUAAGAGCCCGAAGUUUGCUCAGUUAUACAUCCAUGACACGGAGAACGAGGUAGAGAACCGCAUCAAUGCAUUCAGUGGUGCUGAAAUGAAGGACAAAACGCAUGUUGAUAUAGUUCAAGAUAUCAAGCAAGAUCUAGAUGAGCACAAUGUGUUGGUGCAAUCUUUUCGAUGGGCAAAAACUCAGAUUGACAACAAUCCACAAGUAAAUUUUAAGAUGAGGCUGAUUGGUAAGCGGCAGAGUGAUGCCAGAACAUACAAUUUGCCCACUGCUUCGGAGGUUGCUGCUUUAAUUGUUGGCGAUCUAGACCCUACACUAGGGCAACGAGAUAUAAUAGUGGAGACAAAGGCCGGGUCACUUAAGAGAAUAAACGAGCUCAAUCCAGCGUACUUGCCGUUGCAAUAUCCUAUUUUGUUCCCGUUAGGCGAAGAUGGUUAUCGUGAAGACAUCCAGUACUGUACUACAGCUACAAAAACAAAUGGCGCUAGGGUUCGUGUUUCUCAGCGGGAAUAUUUUGCUUACAAAAUCCACGACAGGUUUAGUGAACUGUCAACGAUGUUAUAUGCGAGACGACUGUAUCAACAGUUCCUGGUUGAUGCUUACACCAUGGUGGAAUCCGGCAGACAUAAGGGGUAUCCUAACUUAUUUAUAACAUUCACAUGCAAUCCUAAGUGGUCUGAGAUUCAAAGAUUUAUGGAAAAAUGCAACCUCAAUGCAGAAGAUAGGCCAGACAUUGUAUCUAGAGUCUUCAAGAUGAAGUUGGAUGCUUUAGUGAAAGAGAUACGCAAUGGCAAGCUAUUUGGUAUUGUAACCGCAGUGGUGUAUACUAUAGAAUUUCAGAAACGUGGGUUACCACACGCUCACAUACUCAUAUUCCUAGAAAGAUUGACCGAAGGCUUUUCAGCUAAUCACAUGGAUGAGUUCAUAUAUGCCGAAAUACCUAACAAGGAACAAGACAUUGAGUAUUAUAAAGCUGUUGGGGAAUUUAUGAUGCACGGGCCAUGUGGACAAGAAAGACCUAAAUCUCCGUGCAUGGUCAAUAAAAAGUGCUCUAAACAUUUUCCCAAAAAAUUUGUUGAGGUAUCCACAUUGGAUGAUGACGGUUACCCAAUCUACAGGCGUCGUGACAAUGGUGCAACAGUCGAAAGAAAUGGGGUGCAUUUGGACAGCAGGUACUGUGUGCCGCACAAUAGAUAUCUACUACUCAAAUACAGGGCACAUAUAAACGUUGAAUGGUGCAACCAAUCAAGAUCAAUCAAAUAUUUGUUCAAGUAUGUCAACAAAGGGAAUGAUAGGGUGACUGCUGAAUUCUACAAGACCACAAAUGAUGAAAACGAAAAUGUAGCCGUGGAUGAAAUUACAAUGUAUUACGACUGUCGCUACGUCUCCGCGUGCGAGGCAGCAUGGCGGUUGUUGAGUUUCGAUGUACAGCUUAGGCACCCCCCGGUUGAGAGACUAAGCUUCCAUUUGCCAGACUGCCAAACAGUUAUUUUUGAGGAUGAUGACAGGAUUGAAAAUGUGCUUAAUAGACCGACUGUCAAUCAAAGUAUGUUCACCGCAUGGUUUGAUGCUAACAAGAAAUAUGCAUCAGCUAAAGAGUUGGCUUAUAUUGACAUGCCAAGUAAAUUUGUGUGGAAGAAAGAUGUUAGGGAAUGGCAUCCUAGGAAGAGGGGUUUCUCUAUUGGACGCAUAUUUUUUGUACCUCCUGGUAGUGGUGAAGUUUACUACUUGAGAUGUCUUUUAAACGUAGUCCGUGGUCCGACGAGUUUUCAAGACAUCAAGACAGUUCAAGGUGUUGUAUACCCAACUUUUAGAGAUGCAUGCUAUGCUAGAGGGCUGCUAGACGACGACAGAGAAUACAUUGAUGCAAUUAAUGAGGCAAGUAAUUGGUCUACUGCCCAAUCUUUGAGGAAAUUAUUUGUCAUAUUACUCACUGCAAACUUGGUGAAUCGACCUGAGAAUGUGUGGAAUCAUGUUUGGCACCAUCUAUGUGAGGAUUGCCAAUAUAACAGGAGAUUAGUACUGAAAGACAUGGGUUUGCGAUUGUCUGAUGAUGAGAAGAAAAACCUAGGUCUGCUUGAACUAGAGCUUUUAUUGCAGCUGUACAACAAGUGUUUGAAAGAUUACCCGCAAAUGCCAAUUCCGAAUUAUGAUGAUGCAUUAUUGGCUAACAAUCGUUUGCUGUUUGAUGAGCUUAACUACGACAGGCAGGCCAUGAGACAAGAAAGUGAGAAGAUGGAGAGUCAAUUAACGGAUGAGCAGUUUGUUGUAUACGACACCAUUCUAAGUGAUAUACAAAAUCACAGGGGGGGGUUGUUCUUUGUAUAUGGUUAUGGAGGUACAGGAAAAACGUUUGUUUGGAAAGCAUUAUCUUCGAAGAUAAGAUCGGCAGGUGAUAUUGUACUGAAUGUUGCAUCAAGUGGUAUUGCAUCACUACUACUCCCAGGAGGUCGAACAGCUCACUCAAGGUUCGCCAUUCCAAUUGCAGUUAACGAGGAUUCCACGUGCAACAUUAGUCAAGGUAGUCAACUGGCCGAACUGCUAAUCCAAGCCAAGCUAAUCAUAUGGGAUGAAGCACCCAUGAUGCACAAACACUGUUUUGAGGCGCUGGAUAAGACAAUGCGAGACCUUAUGCGGUAUAGCGAUCCGCAUAGCGUGCAUAAGACAUUUGGCGGGAAGACAGUGUUAUUAGGGGGUGACUUCAGGCAGAUAUUACCGGUCGUUCCUAAAGGCUCUCGGCAAGAUAUUGUGUCUGCUGCAAUCAACUCAUCUUACCUCUGGGAGUCAUGCCGAUCUGACUCAACGAAUGGUAUACUAUAUGAUAUGCACACUCCAGAAUUUUUAAACGGUUUGAAAGCUUCUGGCAUACCCAACCACUCUUUAACUUUGAAGAUUGGGUCUCCCGUAAUGUUGUUGAGAAAUAUAGAUCACUCAAUGGGACUUUGUAAUGGUACAAGAUUGAUCAUUACUAGGUUAUCUGAUCAUGUUGUAGAAGCAAAGAUUGUCGGAGGCCACAAUGCCGGUAAUGUCGUGUUGAUACCAAGGAUGUCCAUGACUCCAACUGAUACAAGUUUGCCAUUUAAAUUUCAAAGAAGGCAGUUUCCCCUCAUGCUGUCAUAUGCAAUGACUAUCAACAAGAGCCAAGGACAGACUUUAACACACGUCGGGCUACUACUAAAGAAAUCCGUAUUUGUUCAUGGUCAACUAUAUGUUGCUGCUUCAAGGAUUAGUAACCCUUCUGGGUUAAAAAUUCUAAUACCAAAUGAAGGAGGUGAGAGUAGUAACCACACUACCAAUGUUGUGUACCAUGAAGUUUUUAAUAAUUUGUAA